CUCAGCUGCUUAACCAACAAGAAAAUGAUCAGACAGGUUUAAUUCAAUUCAUGCCAGGACCAAUAAAAAAAAGUGUUUCUUUAAUUUUUGUGAGCAUCAUAGUUGUAUCCUGUUUUCCGUGUAAGAAGAAUGGAUCAACAUUGCAACAUUACAAAGCCCCGCAUUCCCAUCAUGGCGGACGCCGGAUCGGUGGAGGCGCUUCUGCAGCUUGUUGAGAAGGCGGACGGCGGCGUGGACAGCCUGGAUGUAGCGAGCAGAAUCGGGGUAGACCACCAAGUCAUCGUCGGAGCCGUGAAGAGUCUUCAGUCGCUCGGAGACGUUAUUUCAGCCGAGCAGCGCUCCUCCAAGCACUGGGAGCUGACCGAAGAGGGCACGGAGUUAGCCGAGCAGGGCAGCCAUGAAGCCCGGGUGUUCAGCUCCAUCCCCCCGGAGGGUCUGCCGCAGAGCGAGCUCAUGAAACUGUCCUUCGGGAAGAUCGGCUUCAGCAAGGCCAUGUCCAACAAGUGGAUCCGGGUGGACAAGUCCCACGAGGGGGGGCCCAGGAUCUUCACAAGUGUGGAGAGCAUUCAGGACCAGGUGAGGGAGAAGCUGCUGCUGGUGCAGAGAGGAGCGGCGCUGGAGGAGAAGGACAAGAAUGAGCUGAAGAAGAGGAAGCUGCUCGCUGAGGUCACAGUGAAGUCUUAUUGGAUCACCAGAGGAAGCUCCUUCAGCACCACCCUGACCAAACAGGAGACGGAGCUCACCGCUGAGAUGAUUGCCACAGGCAGCUGGAAGGACCGAAAGUUUAAACCCUACAACUUUGAGGCCAUGGGCGUGGCUCCAGACUGCGGUCACCUGCACCCGCUGAUGAAGGUGCGGACACAGUUCAGGCAGAUCUUCCUGGAGAUGGGGUUUAGUGAGAUGCCCACAAAUAACUUCAUAGAAAGCUCCUUCUGGAACUUUGACUCGCUGUUCCAGCCGCAGCAGCACCCCGCCCGAGACCAGCACGACACCUUCUUCCUGUCAGAUCCGGCGCUCGCCCACGACUUCCCCCAGGACUACCUGGAGAGGGUGAAGAGGGUCCACUCAGAGGGGGGCUACGGGUCUCAAGGGUACAAAUAUGACUGGAAGAUGGAAGAGGCUCAGAAGAACAUCCUCCGCACUCACACUACAGCUGUCAGCGCACGCAUGCUCUAUAAGCUCGCACAGCAGGAGAAGUUCACUCCGGUGAAGUAUUUCUCCAUCGAUCGGGUCUUCAGGAACGAGACGUUGGACGCCACCCACCUGGCAGAGUUCCACCAGAUCGAGGGGGUGGUGGCCGACUACGGGCUGACGCUGGGCGACCUCAUGGGCGUCCUGCACCAGUUCUUCACCAAACUAGGAAUCACUAAGCUGCGCUUCAAACCUGCAUAUAAUCCGUACACAGAGCCCAGCAUGGAGGUGUUCAGCUACCAUGAAGGGCUGAAGAAGUGGGUGGAGGUGGGAAACUCCGGCGUCUUCAGGCCGGAGAUGCUGCUGCCCAUGGGGCUGCCGGAGGACGUGUCGGUGAUCGCCUGGGGCUUGUCUCUGGAGAGACCCACCAUGAUCAAAUACGGCAUCAACAACAUCAGGGAGCUGGUGGGACACAAGGUCAACCUGCAGAUGGUCUAUGACAGCCCCAUAUGUCGGCUGGACUCCUGAGCUCCGCCCACCUGCUGCGCCGUUUCCCCCGGACCUGUUUUACCGCCUUCAUAGGAGGCGCUCCGUCCUCUGAAACCUGAAGGCAGCAUCUGCCUGAACUGUCUUUUCUAAACCAUCUCACCCUCAAGAGGACCUCAGAUAGAAGGAAAUAAAAAAGGCUUUUUUGUAGCUUUAAACUCUGACUUUUCUUCUUCUACUGCAAUAUUUUAAUUCAAGAUGCAUUUUUAGAUUCCAGCAAAGGAAUCUGAUCCAGAAAUGCUAAAGGGAUUAUUGUUACGAAUUUGGGCAUUUUGGAAAGAGUAACCAUGACGACAGCAAAUGUUUGCUUUCAAAAGCCUAAAUGUUGUUCAAGUUAAAUUUUUAGGUGGAAAAAUCAUAAUUCUGGACUUAGUGGUGCAAAAAUAUUUCAUACUAAAGAUUUUUUUCUAGUUUAACUGCUUAUGGUUUGCAGCUCAUUUGAAAUAUUUAAAACUUUCCAAGUUCUUUCAGGAAAUUGUUUCCUGCUUUUUAAAGUUUUGUAGCAUUAAUAAAUCAGUUCAUCUUCUCGACAA